AUGCAGUUCAAGGCUCUUCUUCUUCUUGCCACCCUCGUCACCGGCGGCCUGGCCCGCCCGGAGGGUCAAGUUCGUCGUCAGCUGGCUGAGCGCGGCACCUCCACAGCUAGCGCCGCCUCCUCGUCGUCUUCUACGGCGUCUUCUGCCUCGUCUUCCUCGUCCGCCUCUUCCUCGUGGCUGACGACCCCCAGUGGCGAUGGAUCGACCACUGGUUUCGGAGCCGUUACCACCUCGACAGUCAGCGGCACCGACACCUACGAGGGCAAUGUGGGCAACCCGUGGGGUAGCAACAUCAUCAAGGUCUCUGCCUCCGACGCUUCCGAAUACAAGUACGUGGCGCAGUUCCAGGGAUCCAACACCGACUCGUGGAACGUGGUGAUCUGGAACAAGUACGGCCCGGACGGCAAGAUGGACGGGUGGUACGGGUACUCGGCGCUGAGCUUCACGAUCGAAGCCGGCGAGACGGUGUACGUCGCCUUCGAUGAGAACACGCAGGGCGGUUGGGGCGCCGCUCAGGGCACCCUGCCGACCGACAGCGACGGCGGCUACUCGUGCACCUGGGGCGAAUUCGACUUUGGUAACUCCGAGAACAGCGGGUGGUCUGGUUUCGACGUGUCGGCGAUCCAGGCUCAGAACGCCGGUCAGACCGUGCAGGGCAUGAAGAUCUGCGACGCGCUGGGCAGCACCUGCUCGUCCAUCACCACCGACGCAGGCACCGUCGACAACGCCUACACUGCUGCUGAGGCGGACGAGGGCGGUAUCGGUGGCAACCUGUCGGCCGGUGCGGUGCGCCUUGCCGUCACCAUUGACUACGAUGGUUAA